GAAUGGAGAAAGGGAUAGAUUAUCCAGAAACCAAAAGGCACAAGUAGCCAGGUUCCCGGAAGAAAGAAAAAAUGUGUCAAGGCGUGGCCAGGAAAUGUGCCUGCAGAGGUUCCCACUCUCCCUGCCAUGCUCCCUGCCAGAGUGAGCUGGCAGACUUGCCAAUCACCCCGGACAGACAGAAAAAUGGAUAGAGCGCCCAAACCCAUAUUUAGACGCACCGUGAGAAAACUGACAUAUACAGAAAUGAAAUCAAGGCACAGAGUAACUGGAUAACAAAACUAAUUGAGAAUACUAAUUUCGCGGCCAGAACCCAAUGCCAACAAAGCCCACCUCAAUGGAGCAAUAAGCAUUUCAGAGAUGUCCUCCAGAAGUCCUAAAGAUUUCAUUAAGCGUAAGUGGGGAUCAAAACCUAGUAACACCAAAUCAGAAACUGCAUUAGAGAAAUUGAAAGGAGCGAUGGAUGAAUUCACGAAUGGAAAAGGAAAAUUUACUGAAAAAGAGAGACACAAACUUUUGGAGAAAAUUCAAGUUCUUCAAGCUGAAAAGGAAAAGAAUGUUUAUCAGCUUGCAGAGAAGGAAAAAGAAAUACAGCGACUCAGAGACCAGCUGAAGGCCAAAUACGGUCCCACCGCCUUGCUUGAACAGUUGGAAGAGAAGACGAAGGAAGGUGACAGAAUGGAGCAGUUGUUGAAAUCCUUAUCUGAAGAGACAGAUUCACUGAAGAAACAGUUAUCUGCUGCAAUGGAAAGACUUGGUGAAUUUGAAAACCAAGCCAGUGCACUUCAUUUAUCACAGAAUAUGUCUGCAGGCUCAGCAGUGAGUAAUGCUCGUGAGUUGGAAAUACAGCUGAAAGAUGCUCUGGAGAAGAACCAGCAGUGGCUUGUGUAUGAUCAGCAGCGAGAGGCCUUCGUUAAAGGACUUUUAGCAAAGAUCUUUGAGCUGGAAAAGAAAACAGAGACAUCUGUUCCUUCACACCCACAGCAGACAAAAAAGGCUGAAUCAGAAGACAGUCUUCAAGAAGAAAAGCAAAAAUAUUACAAGCACCUCUUGGCAAAUGCCAAAAGGGAUCUUGAGGUUGAAAGACAAACCAUAACUCAAUUGAGUUCGGAACUUAAUGAAUUACGAAAAAAAUAUGAAGAAGCCCAGAAAGAAGUUCAAGGUUUAAAUCAGUUGCUGUGCUCACAAAGGAAGGCAGAAGUACAGCAUCUGGAAGAUGACAGGCAUAAAACUGAGAGAAUAGAGAGACUCAAGGAAGAAAACAGUCUCGCCAGGGAGAAGCUGGAUGAGGAGAGGAGGCGAUCCGAGGAGCUGCUGUCCCAGGUGCAGCUCCUUUACACGUCUCUGGUGAAGCAGCAAGAGGAGCAAGCAAGGGUGGCUCUGCUGGAACAGCAGAUGCAGUCAUGUACUUUAGACUUUGAAAAUGAAAAGCUUGACCGCCAAAAUAUGCAGCACCAAUUGCAUGUAAUUCUUAAGGAACUCCGUAAAGCAAGAAAUCAAAUAACGCAGUUGGAAUCAUUGAAGCAACUUCAUGAGUUUCCCUUCACAGAGCCAUUAGACACUUUCCAAGGAGAGACUGCAAACAAAAUGAAAGUCGCCUCACCAAAAAGUCCCCCCACUGUACUAAACGAAAGCCUGGUGGGAUGCCCCAAAUGCAAUGUGCAGUAUCCAGCCACGGAGCACCGCGAUCUGCUUGUCCAUGUCGAGUACUGUUCACAGGAAUAGAACAGUCAUUUAUCUCUAUGCCAAAAGGGUUCAUGCUCUAUCUUCUGUUUGCUUGUGGCCAGUGACAGCUGCAUAUUCCACCUCUGGUUCACCGCACCGCCUGUCGCCUCUGACACUCUGGCAUGCGAGUGAAUCAUUGUAUAUUUUGGCUUUGCAUUUUCCUUGGCAGUGACACUCCACAAGAUGGUUCGUCCUGACCACAGCGACAGAAUGUGGUGAGCAGUGUGCACUGAGACUGCUUUUUUGCAUAGUUAAAGUACUUGAUAAAGGGUAUUGAUUGUGGGUUAAAUCUAUGGUGCCAGCACAACAAAUAUUUUAUAUUACGUGGAAUUUUUAAAAAUCAAAGGUAUUUAAUUGUUGACCUAUAUAUCUAAGUUCUUAAUGUAGCAAUAAUUCUAACAACCACUGGCUCAUUUUUUUCUUUGCUAUUAUAAAGCAUUUAAUAGAAGUGUUGGGAAUUUUAUAAUCUUUUAUUGCUGCUUACUGUUGAAACUGUAAACUCAGCCGUAUACUAAGAACAAAACUGAUUCUGCUUGAGGAAUACUCUUAGUAGCUACAUACAAUGUUUUCUGUUGUGGUAUCUGGCUAUAACUUUUAACUUGAACAUCAUUAGCACACAUUGGUUACCUAAAAUGGUUAAAAUUGAUUUUAACAAAACCAUCCAGCCUUCUUUGAUUUGGAGGUUUUUUGUUUUUUAUUAUUUUUGACACUCCUACAUCUGGGCAAUGUAAUUAUUAAAUAUUUGCUAUUUGAAUAAUAUUUUUAUAUAUUGAUAAGCCAAAAAAAGUUUUUUUUUUUAAAUUCAUAUUUUCUACCAUACUUAACACUGGGCUACUGUUAACAAUGUAAAAAAGAAAAGAAUAAAAUUAUUUAAUAACUUUGA